AUGUCACCGAUCCUUUCAGGAAGGCAGGCGGUCUGGCAAGCGAGUCACGGAAGGUCGGCCGUGGGCGCCCCACUCACGCCGAAGCCACGCAGUCCGAGGCCCGCGGGGGUGGGAAGGUCCCGCCGCAAAGUCUUCCUUACCGCAGGGCCGGGUGCAGCGAAGGGAGCCGAGUGGGAGGAUCUUUGGAAUCUCAGGAAGCCCAGUUCCAUCCUCACCGAGCCCGGCGACUCCGGGUUCCGUUUCCACCGCGGGGUUGGCCCGGAGCCUCCCAGACUCACCUCACCUCGCAGUCUCAUCCCUGCAGCUUCCGACAAUACAACGCAGGCCCUGACCCAGACGAGGACUCCCCAGUCCCCUUGCCCCGUGGAGAAAGCGCCUCACCAGGCCCCCGGGCUGCAACGAGGCAAGCAAACAGCCCCUGCUACGGAUAACGGCCGGCUCGGCCGUUCCUGCGGUCUUGCGGCGGCGGGAGACAGAGGCCCCUCCGCGCACGCGCAAAAGAGCCCCUGCGUCUGCGCACCCCUUGCCCCUCCCGGGCGCUCGGCCUCUCGCGGCUUCUUCCCGCCCGCCUCCCACCCUCACUUCCGGGGUUUCCCGGCGACGGCCGUAAGUGGCGGACGGAAGCGGCCCACGAGGCCCGCCGUAAACGGCUCCCUCGCGCCACUUCCUGCCGGCUUUCACAGACGGCGCUGGUGGGGGAUCGAGAGGCACCGGAGGUCGUUCCCGGCGGCAGGAGCCAUGGAGAUGCCGCUGCCACCCGACGACCAGGAGCUUCGAAAUGUCAUCGACAAACUGGCCCAGUUCGUGGCUCGCAACGGGCCCGAGUUUGAGAAGAUGACGAUGGAGAAGCAGAAGGACAACCCAAAAUUCUCGUUUCUGUUCGGAGGCGACUUCUACAGCUACUACAAGUGCAAGCUAGCGCUGGAACAGCAGCAGCUCAUCUGCAAGCAGCAGGCCCCAGAGCUGGAGCCAGCCCCAGCACUGCCCCCGCUCACACAGCCUCCGUUGGCCCCUGCUGCACCCAUCCCACCCGCCCAGGGAACCCCGUCAAUGGACGAGCUCAUCCAGCAGAGCCAGUGGAACCUGCAGCAGCAGGAGCAACACCUGCUUGCCCUCAGACAGGAGCAGGUGACAGCAGCCGUGGCCCAUGCGGUGGAGCAGCAGAUGCAGAAGCUCCUUGAGGAGACGCAGCUGGACAUGAACGAGUUUGACAACCUGCUGCAGCCCAUCAUUGACACGUGCACCAAAGAUGCCAUCUCGGCCGGGAAGAACUGGAUGUUCAGCAACGCCAAGUCCCCUCCGCACUGUGAGCUAAUGGCAGGCCACCUGCGGAACCGCAUCACAGCUGAUGGGGCGCACUUUGAGCUGCGGCUGCACCUCAUCUACCUGAUCAAUGACGUGCUGCACCACUGCCAGCGCAAGCAGGCCAGGGAGCUGCUGGCCGCCCUGCAGAAGGUGGUGGUGCCCAUCUACUGCACCAGCUUCUUGGCCGUGGAGGAGGACAAACAGCAAAAGAUUGCCCGGCUCCUGCAGCUCUGGGAGAAGAACGGCUACUUUGAUGACUCCAUCAUCCAGCAGUUACAGAGCCCAGCCCUGGGGCUCGGCCAGUACCAGGCAACGCUUAUCAAUGAGUACUCCUCGGUGGUCCAGCCAGUGCAGCUGGCCUUCCAGCAGCAGAUCCAGACCCUCAAGACGCAGCAUGAAGAGUUUGUCAACAGCCUGACCCAGCAGCAGCAACAGCAGCAGCAGCAGCAGCAGCCGCAGAUCCAGAUGCCACAAAUGGAAACUGAAGUCAAAGCCACACCACCACCACCCGCCCCACCGCCAGCCCCUACGCCCGCCCCAGCCAUCCCACCAACCACCCAGCCCGAUGACAGCAAGCCUCCCAUCCAGAUGCCUGGUUCCUCUGAAUAUGACGCCUCAGGAGGGGUCCAGGACCCUGCAGCCACCGGCCCCCGGGGCCCUGGGCCCCACGACCAGAUCCCACCUAACAAACCCCCGUGGUUUGACCAGCCUCACCCCGUUGCUCCUUGGGGUCAACAGCAGCCUCCCGAGCAGCCCCCCUACCCACACCACCAGGGUGGGCCACCCCACUGUCCGCCUUGGAACAACAGCCAUGAGGGCAUGUGGGGUGAACAGCGAGGGGACCCAGGCUGGAACGGCCAGCGCGACGCACCCUGGAACAGCCAGCCUGACCCCAACUGGAACAGUCAGUUCGAGGGGCCCUGGAACAACCAGCACGAGCAGCCGCCCUGGGGUGGUGGCCAGCGAGAGCCGCCCUUCCGCAUGCAGCGGCCACCACACUUCCGCGGGCCCUUCCCACCCCACCAGCAGCACCCACCGUUCAACCAGCCGCCGCACCCCCACAACUUCAACCGCUUCCCGCCCCGCUUCAUGCAGGAGGACUUUCCCCCGAGACACCCCUUCGAGCGGCCCCCCUAUCCUCACCGCUUUGACUACCCUCAGGGGGACUUCCCUGCUGAGAUGGGACCUCCUCACCAUCACCCUGGCCAUCGCAUGCCACAUCCUGGGAUCAAUGAACACCCUCCCUGGGGGGGACCUCAACACCCCGACUUUGGCCCUCCUCCACAUGGCUUCAACGGGCAGCCGCCCCACAUGCGGCGACAGGGUCCUCCCCACAUCAACCACGAUGACCCCAGUCUGGUCCCCAACGUUCCCUACUUCGAUCUCCCCGCCGGGCUAAUGGCCCCCCUCGUGAAGCUAGAAGAUCACGAGUACAAGCCCUUGGACCCUAAAGACAUCCGCCUUCCACCUCCCAUGCCACCCAGUGAGAGGCUGCUGGCGGCCGUGGAGGCCUUUUACAGCCCGCCUUCCCAUGACAGGCCAAGGAACAGCGAAGGCUGGGAGCAGAAUGGCCUCUACGAGUUCUUCCGAGCAAAAAUGCGGGCCCGACGGCGGAAAGGCCAGGAAAAGAGGAACAGCGCACCCUCGCGGUCUCGGAGCAGAUCCAAAAGCCGAGGGCGCUCCUCCUCUCGCUCCAACUCGCGGUCUUCCAAGUCGUCCGGCUCCUACUCCCGGUCCCGGUCCCGCUCCUGCUCCCGCUCCCGCUCCUACUCCCGCUCCCGCUCCAGGAGCCGCAGCCGGUCCCGCUCCUCGAGAAGCCACUCGCGCUCCCGCUCCCGCUCCCGCUCCAAGUCCUACUCCCCGGGAAGGAGGCGUCGGUCGCGGUCCAGGAGCCCCACUCCGCCUUCCUCAGCUGGUCUAGGUUCUAACUCAGCACCUCCUAUACCUGACUCCAGGCUUGGGGAAGAGAACAAAGGACAUCAGAUGCUGGUGAAAAUGGGCUGGAGUGGAUCUGGUGGCCUCGGCGUGAAAGAGCAAGGGAUCCAGGACCCCAUCAAGGGGGGGGACGUGCGGGAUAAGUGGGACCAGUACAAGGGAGUGGGAGUGGCCCUGGACGACCCCUACGAAAACUACCGCAGGAACAAGAGCUACUCCUUCAUCGCCCGCAUGAAGGCCAGGGACGAGUGCAAGUAG